AUGCCUCUCUCACUCGAUCCAGAGUACUACCAAGUAGUGGAGCCGCUGCUGCCAGCGAUGGCGAAUGCGCCGAAAUUGGCUGUAGGAGAUGUCGCGGGAAGGCGACAGAUGAUGGAUGCCUUUUUCGGUCCGGUCUUUCGCGCAUACAAUGACCCCGAAGAUGUGGCUGAGGAGAAGUUUCCUGUCAAGUCCAGCGACGGCUUCGAAGUCCCGGUCUAUCGCUUCACAAAGAAGGAUACACCCGCCACAGGUUCGAAUCCAGCCGUCUAUUACCUGCAUGGCGGAGGCUACAUUGGGCUGGACGUGCCGCUCUACCGUAAGAAGAUCAAGGACCUCGUUUCACGCUCCGGAGUCCAGAUAUUUGCUCCCGAAUAUAGAUAUGCGCCGGAAUCACCCUACCCGAUUCCAAUUGAAGAUGUCUGGGCCGGUUUACAGGAUCUGAGCCAGAACGCGAAGAAGUAUGGCGUUGACCCUGCUCGGAUCGCGAUCAUGGGCGACAGUGGUGGUGGUGGUCUUGCCGCGGGCCUUGGGUUGAAGGCGAGAGAUGAGGCCUUGACCCCACCAUUGGCGAAACAAAUCCUGGUCUAUCCCAUGGUGGAUGACAGAAACAUCAAACCGAUGAAGGCGCUCGAGCCAUUUGCGACAUGGACAAUUGACGACAACGCCACUGGCUGGCAGGCAUAUCUGAGCGGCAAGGCAGGAGCACCAGAUGUUCCAUAUUACGCUGCGGCAGCACGAGUGCCAUCAGUCGAAGGCCUACCCCCGACCUACAUCGAUACGGGAGAUCUGGACAUCUUCCGUGACGAGGACAUCGAAUAUGCACGCCGCCUCGCUGCCGCCAACAUCCACAUCGAGCUCCAUGUGUACCCAGGCGUGCCACAUGGGUUCGAUCUAAUUGCUCCCAACAUCUCUGUCACCACCUUCGCACUGGCCAACCGGGUCAAAGCUAUUAAGUCAAUCUAA